AACAUUCUGUUUUCAGGUACUCAAGUUGGUAAUGCUAUAACAUUCCCUCUAGCUGGUGUAUUAUGUAAAUAUGGAUUUGCUGGUGGAUGGCCGUCUGUUUUCUAUUUAAUUGGAAUAGCUGGGGUUGUGUGGUUUGUGUUGUGGAUGAUACUGGUCAGUGAUUCACCUAAAGAUCAUAAGAGAAUAUCAGAAAUAGAGAGAAAGUACAUAGAAAUGUCUCUAUGUGAUGCUAAACAACAAACUAAAGAAGUAGUUCCAUGGAAGGCUAUCUUUACAUCCUUACCAGUAUAUGCUAUAGUAGUUAGUAAUACCACCUCAGAUUGGGGAGCUUAUACUCUCCUAACAAAUAUACCAACUUAUAUGAAAGAGGUCCUCAAAUUUGACAUAGCUUCAAAUGGAUUAUUCUCUGCACUGCCCUAUAUAGCAUUCUGGUUAUGUAUUAAUGUGUCAGGGUUUCUAGCUGAUUUUGUAAGAAGAAAAGGGUAUUUAAAUACCACUUGGACCAGAAAAUUAUUUGAUUCUGGAGGAAAAAUUGUACCAGCUUUGAUGUUAAUAGCAUUAGGUUAUAUAGACUGUACCCAGCCCUAUAUAGCUGUUAUAUUAUUAAUAUUAGGUGUAGCAUUAACUGGUCCACAAUAUAGUGGUUUUACUGUCAAUCAUGUUGAUCUGGCCCCAGCCUAUGCUGGUAUCUUAUAUGGAUUCUCUAAUUCUGUAGCAGCCAUCACUGGAUUCCUAUCUCCAUUAGUUGUUGGUGCCAUAACAAGCAAGGGGCAAAGUCGUUCUGAUUGGCAGAUAGUUUUCUAUGUAGCAGCUGGUAUCUAUAUAUUUGGUGCUGUAUUUUAUAUGUUAUUUGCAUCUGGAGAGUUACAAGAUUGGGCC